AUGACAGUGAAUGACAAAAAAAGAUUGGCAAUCAUAGGUGGGGGGCCAGGAGGGUUGGCAGCUGCAAGAGUUUUCUCGCAAAGUCUUCCAAAUUUUGAAAUAGAAAUAUUUGUAAAGGAUUACGAUAUUGGCGGUGUCUGGCAUUAUCCAGAACAAAAAAGUGAUGGGAGGGUCAUGUAUGACCAUUUGGAAACCAAUAUAUCAAAGAAGUUAAUGCAGUUUAGCGGCUUUCCCUUCGAGGAAAACGUCCCUUUAUAUCCGUCUCGAAGAAACAUUUGGGAAUACUUGAAAGCCUAUUACAAAACGUUCAUUGCCAACAAAGAUGCUAUCAGCAUCCAUUUCAGCACCGAAGUUACCUACUUAAAGAAGAAGAACUCUCAAUGGGAGAUAACAUCUAAAGACGAACUAAGGACUACUAAAUCGGAUUUUGACUUCGUUAUUGUUGCGUCUGGUCACUACAGUGUCCCUAAACUACCAACUAAUAUCGCAGGUCUCGAUCUAUGGUUCGACAAUAAGGGCGCCUUUCAUUCUAAGGAUUUCAAAAACUGCGAGUUUGCCCGUGAAAAAGUCGUUAUUGUGGUGGGAAACGGCAGUUCCGGCCAAGAUAUUGCCAACCAACUAACUACCGUUGCAAAGAAAGUAUAUAAUAGUAUAAAAGAGCCUGCGAGCAAUCAACUGAAGGCCAAGUUAAUCGAGACUGUCCAAACAAUAGACAGUGCCGAUUGGAAAAAUCGUUCAGUUACUUUAUCUGAUGGAAGAGUACUUCAGAAUAUAGACUACAUUAUUUUCGCCACAGGCUAUUAUUACAGCUUUCCAUUUAUAGAGCCCUCCGUUAGACUGGAAGUGCUAGGUGAGGGUGUUACUGGCGACAAGCACUCGUCUGUCAAUCUGCACAAUUUGUGGGAGCACAUGAUCUAUGUAAAAGAUCCUACGCUGUCCUUUAUCUUGACCCCGCAGUUGGUCAUCCCGUUCCCGUUGUCGGAACUACAGGCGGCUAUUAUGGUCGAAGUAUUCUGUAAAAGCUUACCGAUAACUACAACUUUCGACUCUAAUGCCUGCGGAACGCACAACUUCCCAAAGGGAAAGGACCUGGAAUACUAUGCAGAACUACAGGAACUACUGAAUAGCAUUCCACGUAGGGUCGGUCAUUUCGAACCAGUUGUAUGGGAUGAUAGACUGAUCGAUCUAAGAAACAGUAGUUAUACAGACAAAGAAGAAAGAAAUGUGCUUCUAGCGGAACACGCACAAGCCCUAAAGAAAAAAAAAGCACCAUACUUCCUUCCGGCGCCACAUACUUAA